AACAUUUUUUUUUUCUUUUUUUUUUUUUGCUGAGCAGAAAAGUCGCUGCACAUCGGACGGCAAUUUUACAAUUCCAGACCGAGUCGCCGGCUUUACUUUUCAUAUUGAAUAUAUCAAGGGUCUGGCCUGUGGACUUAAAGAACCCCAGGUUGCGUGUGGAGUGCCGUGGCCAGUUCAAGGACCUUGGACGAUAUCUCUGUACCCACUCACAAUUUUUCCCUUGGCGACCUUCAAGGAUUCCGUUAUUUUUAAAAGCAUUGUUUGUUCUGCUGGCUAAAAUCGUCAAAGGAAGUUCCAACCACAAUGCCGCGUAAGGCGAUUGAUUCGCGCAUUCCGGCGCUCAUCCGCAAUGGUGUACAGGAGAAGAAGCGAAGCUUUUUCGUUGUUGUCGGUGAUCGCGCAAAAGAUGUGAUCGUCAAUCUGCACUACAUUAUGUCGGCGCACGAUGUCAAACAGAACAAGUCCGUUCUCUGGGCGUAUAAGAAGGAUCUCUUGGGGUUUACCAGUCAUCGCAAGAAGCGUGAAGCAAAGAUUAAGAAAGAAGUGAAGAGGGGCAUCCGUGAACCGAACCAAGAAGAUCCUUUCGAAUUAUUCAUCACGCUCAACCAGAUUCGUUAUGUGUACUACAAAGAGACAGAGAAGAUUCUAGGUAACACCUAUGGAAUGUGCAUUCUCCAGGAUUUCGAAGCCAUUACGCCGAACCUGCUCGCCCGAACGAUCGAAACCGUCGAAGGAGGUGGAAUCGUGCUGCUGCUUCUGAAGGGCAUGAAUAGUUUGAAGCAACUCUACACACUAUCGAUGGAUAUCCACUCGAGAUAUAGGACAGAAGCGCACGACGAUGUGGUCGCACGCUUCAACGAACGAUUCAUCCUCUCCCUUGGUAGCUGCGACUCAUGCUUGGUCGUCGACGACGAAUUGAACGUCUUGCCAAUCUCCGGAGGAAAGAACGUGAAACCGCUGCCACCGCCAGAAUCCAUCGAUACAUCUAAUACUGGAACAAAGAAGGAGCUGAAGGAAAUCAAGGAUAGUUUGGCAGAAUCGCAACCUGUCGGGUCGUUGAUUAGUUUGGCUCGAACCGUCGACCAGGCGAAAGCACUCCUCACCUUUGUCGAUGCAAUUGCGGAGAAGACACUCCGAAGCACGGUUGCUCUGACCGCUGCGAGAGGACGAGGAAAGUCUGCAGCUCUGGGUGUCGCCAUUGCGGCAGCUGUUGCGCAUGGUUAUAGCAAUAUUUUCAUCACAUCUCCUAGCCCUGAGAACUUGAAAACACUGUUCGAAUUUGUGUUCAAGGGAUUUGAUGCUCUUGGCUAUCUUGACCAUGUCGACUAUACCAUUCUUCAAUCUACUAACCCCGAUUUUAACAAGGCCAUUGUUAGGGUUAACAUUCAUCGUCAGCACCGCCAGACAAUUCAGUACAUCCAGCCCCAAGAUGCCCAUGUCCUGGGUCAGGCAGAACUGCUCGUCAUUGAUGAGGCGGCAGCGAUCCCUCUUCCCCUUGUCCGCAAAUUGAUGGGUCCUUAUCUUGUUUUCAUGGCUUCUACCAUCAACGGUUAUGAAGGCACAGGCAGAUCUCUUUCUCUGAAGCUGAUCCAACAACUUCGUGAGCAAUCACGCGGGGGUUUGAAGGUUAACGGUGAAGAGAGCAUCGAUGUCGCUGACCGUGCAACCGGGAAGACGGCUAAGAACUCAGAUAAGGGUCUAGGUGGACGAUCUCUCAGAGAGAUCACCUUGUCCGAACCUAUCAGAUACGCACCAGGAGACUCUGUGGAAAAAUGGCUAAACAAGGUCUUGUGUCUCGAUGCAACCUUGCCGAAGUCCAAAAUGAAUACUCAGGGCUGCCCGCAUCCCUCGCAGUGUCAGCUGCUUCAAGUCAACCGCGACACCCUGUUCUCGUUCCACCCUGUUUCUGAGAAGUUCCUCCAGCAGAUGAUGGCUCUCUAUGUUGCUAGUCACUACAAGAACACGCCUAACGACCUUCAGCUCAUGAGUGACGCCCCGGCGCAUCAGCUCUACGUGCUUGUCCCACCAAUCGACGAGGAUGCUACCAAGCUUCCGGAGCCCCUCUGUGUUAUCCAGGUUGCGCUGGAAGGUCGUAUCAGCAGACAAAGUGUCCUUAAUAGCUUGAGCCGUGGUCAACGUGGUGGAGGCGAUCUGAUCCCAUGGCUUGUUAGCCAACAGUAUCAAGAUGAGGACUUUGCCGGUCUUUCGGGUGCUAGAAUUGUACGCAUUGCUACCAACCCAGAGUACUUGAACAUGGGAUAUGGUUCUCGUGCAUUGGAACUCUUGGUCGAUUUCUAUGAAGGCAAAUUCACCAGCCUUUCCGAGGACGUCGGCGAGACACAGGACGAAAUGGUCAGGGUAACCGACGAGGAGCUCACGAAUUCCAACCUUCUGGACGACAACAUUCAUGUCCGUGACAUCCGCUCCAUGCCGCCCCUUUUCGGAAAGCUGUCCGAGCGCCGUUCAGACGCUCUUGACUACCUCGGUGUCAGCUACGGUUUGACACCAUCCCUUCAUAAGUUCUGGAAGCGUGCUUCCUUCGCCCCCGUCUACCUCCGCCAAACACCCAACGACCUCACGGGUGAGCAUUCAUGCGUGAUGCUGCGCACUCUUUCCUCAGGACCAAACGACGCCAGCUGGCUGGGUGCUUUUGCACGGGACUUCCACAAACGUUUUCUCGCCCUGCUGUCGUACCAAUUCCGUGAAUUCCCUUCAGUGCUCUCCCUCAGCAUCUGUGAAUCCGCCAACGCAGGCGCCAAGCUAGACACUUCCUUCACCCACGCUCUCCUCAAGAAGUCAGACCUCGACGCAACUUUCUCCCCCUUCGAUCUCAAGCGUAUCGACAGCUACGCCAACAAUCUCCUCGACUACCACGUCAUCCUCGACAUGGUCCCCACCAUCGCAGAGUACUACUUCUCCGGCCGCCUUAACGGCAAAGUCAGUCUCUCCGGCGUGCAGCAGUCCAUUCUUCUGGCCAUCGGCCUGCAGCACAAGACCAUGGACGACCUGGAAAAGGAACUGAGCCUGCCCUCCUCCCAGCUCUUGGCCAUGUUCCUCAAGAUCGUCCGUAAGAUGUCGACCCACUUCCGCUCCCUCAUCGAGGGUGCCGUUGCGGAGACCAUACCUUCCGGACAAGUACCCGAGGCCCAGGCUUCUACUGACGCGCACGACGACGUGGUCGCUGACGACCGGUUCAAGCCCCUAGAGACUGGUCUGGAAGACGAGCUCCGCGAGGGAGGACAGCAGGUGGAUGAUGAGCUGCGCGAGAAGCAGCGGGCAUUGAUCGACGCCCUUCCCCUUGACAAAUACGCGAUCGACAACGGUGAUGCUGUGUGGGAAGAUGCUGAGAAGCAGAUUCGAAGCGGAGGCGCCUCGACGGUCAGCAUUAAGUCGUCGAAGCCCAGCAAGCGCAAGAAGGGAGAGUCGGCUCGUGAAAUUUAUGAUGAGGAGAUCGAUUCGAAAAGGCAAAAGAUCAUCAAGAAAGGAACGGAAGGGAAAAAGAAGAGCAAGCACUAAUGAUUCACAGUUGUUGAUGUAGGGACCUGGCAUAUGAUUGCCACGGAAGCGUAUUUGUUCUCUUUGGUUGUGUGCAUCAAAAAAGAUGGUGUUGAUCUGGCAUUUUGGGAUUAUGUGUAGAAGCAAGCCAGGUUUCAAGUGAUCCUAUUAUCCUACGCAUUUCUUGUAUAUACAGUCGAUUUUGAACAAGAAAAGCUUAUUUCAU